AUGGAAAACAUCGAGCUCAGUCUCGACAUCUUCAAGGCGAUGAAGAUGCUGGCUGUAGCAAGGAGAUGCGCCGAUAUCGUGAAGGAACUUCUCCACGUGGCUGCAAAGACUCACUCGGGAGAACCGCGGAAGAACAGCGUAACUACAGAAACCGAGCCUGCAAUGAAGGCUUUGGAUGGCAGCAGUCAGCCUAAUUUUACGUCACCCACUUUCACAUCGGAAGGCACGGGUACGCAUGCGGGUGAUAUGGAGCUUGGUGUUUCCAUGAUUCCGGGAGAUUUCGACGCCAACCUCGUCGACCCAAAUGUUGUGUGGAACUUUUUGAACUUUGAGCAUUGGAACGCAUGGUCGGAUGCAGCUUUUAAGUAG